GGUUUCGAGAUCUGAAACGUUGGAAGCCUUGUGAAGUGCUUAGCACAGAGCCUGGAAGUGGAAGCGACUGUUAUUAUUUUUCAGCGCAAUCAGCCCACCCCCACCCCCGCCACCAGCAUCUCUGCCGGGUACCAGUCCACGACAGCCUGGCCAGGCCUUCUGCGCCGGGCCGUGACCCUGGAAAGCGGGUCAGACUCUAUAGACAAGGCAGCAUGCGCGGGUGGGCUUUCUUGGCGCGCGGCUGCCCGCGUUUCCCCAGGGCCUCGGGAUAGUCGAAGAACUCACUUUGGAGGAGGGGAAGGAGCCUGAAGAGGCUCUUUCGAUCUGAGACACCCCCUCCCGGAGAAUUCGCCCUCCCGCCCCCCGCACCAGCCCAGCACGGAGUGAAAUCUUAGAAGCCGCCGCGGCUAGGUUUGAACGGAAUGCAGGAGUCGGUGGAAAGCCGGAGCUGGUCCGCCCGAAGACUAGCCGCUUGAAGAGAAGCUGCCAUCCAAGAAGACGACAUGCUUUCAGCAACCCCCCUGUAUGGGAACGUCCACAGCUGGGUGAACAGCGAGAGGGUCCGCAUGUGUGGCAUCAACGAAGACAGGAAGAUUCCUGUAAAUGAUGGUGACACUUCAAAAGCCAGACUGGAACUGAGGGAAGAAAAUCCCUUGAACCACAACGUGGUGGACGCCACCCCGGCUCAUCGGAUCGAUGGCCUGGCCGCACUGGGAAUGGACCGCAGCGGCCUGAUCCGGGAAGGCCUCCGCGUCCCCGGGAACAUCGUCUAUUCCAGCUUGUGCAGCCUGGGCUCCGAGAAAGGUCGGGAGGUUGCCGCUGGCACCCUAGGCAGCCUGGGGUUUUCUUCGGAGAGAAACCCAGAGAUGCAGUUCAAACCGAAUACCCCCGAGACGGUGGAGGCUUCGGCCGUCUCCGGAAAGCCCCCGAAUGGCUUCAGUGCUAUAUACAAAACUCCCCCUGGAAUACAAAAAAGUGCUGUGCCCACAGCGGAAACGUUGGGCUUGGAGAGGCCCGUGGGUGACAAACAGAGCCCACUGAACAUCAACGGUGCUAGUUAUCUGCGGCUGCCCUGGGUCAAUCCUUACAUGGAGGGCGCCACGCCAGCCAUUUACCCUUUCCUCGACUCGCCAAAUAAGUAUUCACUGAACAUGUAUAAGGCGUUGCUACCUCAGCAGUCGUACAGCUUAGCCCAGCCGCUGUAUUCUCCAGUGUGCACCAACGGGGAGCGCUUUCUCUACCUGCCACCACCUCACUACGUGAGCCCCCACAUCCCGUCGUCUUUGGCUUCGCCCAUGAGGCUCUCGACGCCAUCAGCCUCCCCGGCCAUCCCCCCUCUCGUCCACUGCCUGGACAAAAGCCUCCCGUGGAAGAUGGGAGUCAGUCCCGGGAACCCUGUUGACUCCCAUGCCUAUCCCCACAUCCAGAACAGUAAACAGCCUAGGGUGCCCUCAGCCAAGGCGGUCGCCAGCGGCCUGCCUGGGGAUGCAGCUCUCCUGCUGCCCCCCUCGCCCCGCGUCCACCUUCCCACCCAGCCCACCGCGGACACCUACUCGGAAUUCCACAAGCACUACGCCAGGAUCUCCACCUCCCCUUCAGUUGCCCUGUCGAAGCCCUACGUGGCGGUCAGCAGCGAGUUCCCCACGGCCCGGCUCUCCAAUGGCAAGUACCCCAAGGUUCUGGAAGGGGGUGAAAGUGCCCAGCUGGUCCCCGGGCACGCCCGGAAAACGGCGGUCCAAGACAGAAAAGAGGGCAGCUCACCUCCCCUGUUGGAGAAACAGGCGGUUACCAAAGACAUCACUGAUAAGCCCCUGGACUUGUCUUCUAAAGUGGUGGACAUGGAUGCUUCCAAAGCCGACCACGUGAAAAAGAUGGCGCCCACGGUCCUGGUUCACAGCAGAGCUGGAAGUGGCUUAGUGCUCUCUGGAAGUGAGAUCCCGAAAGAAACGCUCUCGCCUCCAGGAAGCGGCUGUGCUAUCUAUAGAUCUGAAAUCAUCAGUACAGCUCCCUCAUCCUGGGUGGUGCCCGGGCCAAGUCCGAAUGAAGAGAGCAACAGCAAAAGCAUGCAGCUGAAAAACAAGGCGUUAGACUGGGCCAUCCCGCAGCAGCGGAGUUCCUCAUGCCCCCGCAUGGGUGGCACAGAUGCCGUCGUCAGUAGCAUCUCGGGCUUGGUGUCGAGCGCGGGCCGUCCAGCCUCCGCCUCGCCAGCUCCGCCAAACGCCAAUGCUGAUGGCACCAAGAUGAGCAGGAGCUCGGUGGACACCACCCCGUCCGUCAUCCAGCACGUGGGCCAGCCCCCAACCACGCCUGCCAAGCACAGCAGCGGCUCCGGCAGCAAGGGUGCCAAAGCCAGCAACCCGGAACCGAGCUUCAAAGCGAGCGAGAACGGCCUCCCACCAAGCUCAAUAUUUCUCUCUCCCAACGAGGCAUUCAGGUCCCCACCGAUCCCCUACCCCCGGAGUUACCUCCCUUACCCAGCCCCUGAGGGCAUCGCCAUCAGCCCUCUCUCCCUACACGGCAAAGGACCAGUCUACCCCCACCCGGUCUUGCUCCCCAAUGGCAGUCUCUUUCCCGGUCACCUCGCCCCAAAGCCUGGGCUGCCCUAUGGACUGCCCACGGGCCGCCCAGAGUUUGUGAGCUACCAAGAUGCACUGGGCCUGGGCAUGGUGCAUCCCAUGCUGAUACCACACACGCCCUUAGAGAUGGCUAAAGAGGAGAAACCGGAGAGGCGGUCCCGGUCCCACGAGAGAGCCCGUUAUGAGGACCCGACCCUCCGGAAUCGCUUUUCUGAGAUGUUGGAAGCGAGCAGCACCAAGUUACACCCAGAAGUCCCUGCCGACAAGAGCCUGAAGGCCAACCCCAGCUGGAAUCAAGGGAAAGCCACUGUCAAAAGCGACAAGUUCGUCUACGUAGACCUUCUCCGAGAAGAGCAAGAUGCUAAAACCGACGCCAGCAUGCCCAAACCUGGCUUCGCCGCCGAGACUGUCGGGCAGAGUGUCGAGCCCGCCAAGCCCACGACUGACCCGAGCCUGCAGCAGCACCGGGAUUUCAUCGCCCUGAGAGAGGAGUUGGGGCGCAUCAGUGACUUCCACGAAGCGUACACGUUCAAGCAGGCUCCGGGCCAGUCAGUUUUCGACUUAAGCAAGGAGAACAUUCCAGCGGGUACCAACAAAGAAAACCUAGGGAUGCCGGGUGCGACUUCGUUUCUCAAGCCACCGCUGGGGAGCGACAGCCCUGCCGUGACUUUUGGCAAAACCCCAGAGGAUCCCAAACCGUUCUGCGUAGGCAGCGCCCCGCCAAGCGCGGACAUCACCCCCACGUAUACCAAAGACGGAUCUGAUGAUGCCGAAUCGAACGAUGGCAAAGUUCUGAAACCGAAGCCAUCCAAACUGGCAAAGAGAAUCGCCAACUCCGCCGGUUACGUUGGUGACCGCUUCAAGUGUGUCACUACCGAACUCUACGCAGAUUCCAGUCAGCUCAGCCGAGAACAGAGGGCAUUACAGAUGGAAGGAUUACAAGAGGACAGUAUUUUAUGUCUACCCGCUGCUUACUGUGAGCGUGCAAUGAUGCGCUUCUCAGAGUUGGAGAUGAAAGAGAGAGAAUGUGGCCACCCAGCAACCAAAGACUCCGAGGUGUGCAAAUUCAGCCCAGCAGACUGGGAACGGUUGAAAGGAAACCAGGAAAAAAAGCCAAAGACAGUCGCCCUGGAGGAGGCCAUUGCCGACCAGAAUGACAGUGAGACAAGCAAGUAUAGCUCUGUAAACAAACUUGAUCCCUUUGAAGCUCCAGAGGACAAAGAUCUUCCUGUGGAGAAGUUCUUCAUGGACAGGCAGCCUCUGAACGAGCAGCCCACCGACCAGGUGGCCGCCGACGCCGACGUGACCCCCAGCCCUACCCUCCGGCUGGACCGAAAACGCAAAGUCUCAGGGGACAGCAGCCAAACGGAGACACCCGCGGAGGACCCGUCAGAGGACCCUCUGCUGAAGACCAAGCGAAGACGGGUCUCUAAAGAUGACUGGCCUGAGAGGGAAAUGACAAACAGUUCCUCUAACCACUUAGAAGACCCACAUUGUAAUGAGCUGACCAACCUGAAGGUGUGCAUUGAAUUAACAGGGCUCCAUCCUAAAAAACAACGCCACUUGCUGCACCUUAGAGAACAGUGGGAGCAGCAGGUGUCAGCCCCAGAGAGCAAAGCUGGCCGGCCAAGCAGGAAGGAAGUGACCCAGGCAGAUCCGCCUGAGGUCACUGCCCAGGGGAAUAACAUCACUGAAGAGAAACCUGGCAGGAAAAGAGCAGAGGCCAAAGGCAAUAGAAGCUGGUCAGAGGAGUCCCUCAGAUCCAACGAGAGCGAGCAAGGCUUGCCUGUGUUCUCCGGCUCUCCGUCUAUGAACGCAAAUGGCAAAAAGCAGACUCAGCCGAGCUGCACGCCAGCCUCAAGGCUGCCUGCCAAACAGCAGAAAAUUAAAGAAAGCCAGAAGACAGAUGUGCCGGGCACAGACGACGACGGGGAGCGCCAGCCCGCCUCCCUGCUGCAGAAAUACACCGACAGCGGCGAGAAGCCAUCAGGGAAACGGCUGUGCAAGACCAAGCACUUGAUAUCGCACGAGUCGAGGACAGGGCUGUCGCUGACCGGGGACUACUACGUGGAGAACACUGAUGGCAAGGUGACUGUCCGAAGAUUCCGGAAGCGACCGGAGCCGAGUUCAGAUUACGACUUGUCACCGGCCAAGGCUGACCAGAAGCCCUUCGACCGCCUGCAGCAGUUACUGCCAGCCUCCCAGUCCUCGCAGCUGCCGCGCGCCACUUCCCCUCAAGAGACCACCCAGUCACGCCCGAUGCCCCCGGAAGCCCGGAGGCUCAUCGUCAAUAAGAAUGCCGGCGAGACCCUCCUGCAGCGGGCAGCCCGGCUGGGCUACGAAGAAGUGGUCUUGUACUGCCUGGAGAACAAGAUUUGCGACGUGAAUCACCGAGACAAUGCAGGUUACUGUGCCCUACAUGAAGCUUGUGCCAGGGGCUGGCUCAACAUCGUGAGGCACCUCCUGGAGUAUGGCGCUGACGUCAACUGCAGUGCACAGGACGGAACCAGGCCUCUCCAUGAUGCAGUCGAGAAUGAUCACUUGGAAAUUGUCCGCCUGCUCCUCUCUUAUGGUGCUGAUCCCACUCUGGCUACGUACUCAGGUAGAACUAUCAUGAAAAUGACCCACAGUGAACUAAUGGAAAAGUUUUUAACAGAUUAUUUAAAUGACCUCCAGGGUCGCAGUGAUGAUGACUCUAGCGGCAGUAGCUCUUGGGAGUUCUACGGCAGCUCUGUGUGUGACCCAGAUGAUGAAAGUGGUUAUGAUGUUCUGGCAAAUCCCCCGGGACCGGAGGACCAGGAUGAUGACGAUGAGACCUCCAGUGACGUGUUUGAAUUUGAGUUUUCAGAAAGCCCACUCUUACCGUGUUAUAACAUCCAGGUGUCCGUUUCUCAGGGGCCACGCAACUGGCUGUUGCUCUCCGACGUGCUCAAGAAAUUGAAAAUGUCAUCCCGCAUAUUCUGCUGCAAUUUUCCGAACGUGGAAAUUGUCACCAUUGCGGAGGCAGAGUUCUAUCGGCAGGUUUCAGCCAGCCUCUUGUUCUCUUGCUCCAAAGACCUGGAAGCGUUCAACCCCGAAAGCAAGGAGCUGUUGGAUCUGGUUGAAUUCACAAACGAGCUGCAGGCAUUGCUGGGUUCCUCCGUGGAGUGGCUCCACCCUAACGACACGGUCCCUGAGGACUACUGGUGAGCGUGCCAUGCCCGCCGCCCGCCGUGUAUAGUGUGUUAUAGUGUUAACCCUUGUGCAUAUGUGUCAUAAUAUGACUAUUUCUAUAAAGAAAGGACACUAUUACAUAUGAAAAUAUCUCUUCUUUAUAUAAGAGAAAUGACUCCACUUGGAAGGACUUCGAAACCUGUUUUUUUUUCUUUUUUCUUUUUUUUUCCCUUUUUAAACUUCAAUCUGUUUUUAGGACGGUUUGUUAUAAUGUUUCUUUACUUUUAAACACACACCUGCUUUGGGGAUAUGUUUGUUUUUACCUGGAACAUUUUAUUUUUUUCUUUUUUGUUUCUUUUUUAAAGAGAAAAAAAACCGACAAAAAACGAGGAAAAGGAGCCCCACACUUUGACUUUCUUUCCUACAAAGCUCUGGAGACAGCAACCGUAACUGUUCUGCGUGUGCUCGGAAUUCUGUGGUUGGUUUGGGGAAGCAAAUUCGGUGAAGGCACUUGGUGAUAUUGUAAUUUUAUGUUUUGUUUACAGAGUACCUGCUCGGGCCAGGUAAAUGCUAUUGGAUGGGAUCCAAUAGUGUGUAAUAUAAAUUAAAACCAUAUCCACACGCAGCAACUAAUUGUAUGAAACUUUUAUGUCCUAAUUUAAAAGCUGUGAAAUUAGUUUUCACGCAUCAAACCGGAUUGUUUAUAUGUUGAAACAUUUUAUGCUCUUAUUUAAAGAAGACUUUGAGCUAUUUUUUUCUGUACCCUGUAAAAUAUUGAAAACUAACAAUAAUAUGUUGAGGUUGCUUGAAAAAUGUACAUAAGACUAAAAAUUUUCUGAAUGGUGUGUUUAUGUUUGAAAUCUGUGUUUUAACUUUGUAAGUAAAUUCUCUGCCUUUGUAUUUAUAUUUUACAAAAAUUUUCUUAAAAGGCAAUAAACCU